CACGAGGCGGAUUUCCUAUCAUUCAAUUCAAACCUUUUGUCAUAUAGUUUACCAACCACCAAGCGUGAAAGCCAGACCAUGACUACUACCUACCUUGGACCCUUGGUAGGCGGGAGGAUCAACCAAUACGCAAAUUCCGCUGGCCAAGUCUAUUACCACGAUACUGUUGCAGGGACGACAAGUUAUGCAAUCCCGAACGGGUUCCAAGAUGGCCCAGGCGAUACUUGGACCCUCGACACGACAAAGAGUUGGCCACAAUGGAACAACAGCAGAACGGGGAGGGCAGUCCUCAUCAACCCUAACCCUCCUCCGCCUCAAACAUACCUCGACGAUAUCAACAUCAAGGCCGCCCUCGACCUUCUAGUUAGGGUACCGGACUCGGGCGAACACGUCUACCGAAGGCCUAUAGGAGACAUCCUUCGCUUCAUCUUCCCCUCGAGCGAAGGAUAUUCUGUGGUCCAGGAGACGGUGUCUAUCAACACCCAGCCCGACUUCUGCCUCUUUAAGGUUUCUCAAAGGCCUGGCGGAACCCUAUACCAAUACGAGUUCAUGCUCGUGGAAUCCAAGAAGCCGGGAGAGGCUUGGGCAUCCACAGAAGAUCAUCUCCACGAUCAUCUCGAAGGAAAUGGGAAUGAUUCCAAGAAUUGCUACGGAAUGGUUCAGAUUGGGUUGGAUGUGCAUUUUUACAAGUACGAAAACUCCAAUUUCAGCAGGAUUGGGGGACGGAUGCACCUCAUCAACGAUGCCAACAACGUUGUAGCCUGGGGUCGACACAUUAAGGAUAACCCCAUGCCGUUCGUGUAGACUAGCAGGUGGGUCGUCAAUGGGAGUGACGGAUAUCGUACCGCCAAUAUCGGAUGAUCGUUGGAUGGAGAUCUUUCGGGUUUUCUAUCGGUUUUGUAAGGGAUAUUUAGGGAGUACGACUCACGAUCCAUCGAUAGUCAAUGCAAUCGUCAAGCUUCCUACUGUGCGAUAGAUUAAUAGAUUAGAUUGAUAUCUUACAAUGGGCGUUUCGAACACGUUUACUUGUAUGC